AUGAAGAACGCUAAUGGAGGGCUAGUUAAAGGAUUUAUUGAAUCGGUUCAUGAAAAAGCUCACAAAGUACAUGAUGAUAUACGAGAUUUUUUACAUCCCAAAAACAACGAAAACGUCCCAGCAUAUAAUAGCAAUAACGAGGACAAUAAUGACGGUAAACUGAUUUUCGUAUCGUCUCCAACACUCCCGGCUAACGCAGAAGGAACGACAAAUGAUAAUAAUCUCAAUCGCGAUGUUAAAUCUGAAAAUAUUAGUGAAGACAAAGUAGUUUUUGUAGUUUCCUCAACUACUGAGGUUGCAGCUGCUACAGUGACAGGUUCCACAACCACAGAGAAAGAAGGCAGAGAGAAUUUCUUUGGAGGAUGCUCAACUGGAUUUAAACGAACUGCAGAUGGAAGGUGUAAGCCUACUUUC